UUGCGCCCAACAAGGAAAAAUAAGGAGAGGGGGACAUCUAAUCGCUGCAAGGUGUCUGCCCCACUGAAGCUUCCUGGAGAAAGUCAGUUACAACCGGCUUUCCCGGAGGAGUGAAGAACAAGUGAGAAAACUCUGACCUCAGUGUCUCCUAACUGGUCGAGACUCCGGGGACUCAUACUGAAGGAAGGUUCCUAUGGUCCUGAGAUGCUGAGGGAAAAGUAAGGGAUGUAAGAAGACCCACCCCUAAUCAUUAACGACGGAGGCCAAGGAGGGCAGCUGUUACAACUUUCCUACAACAACCCUGCUGCCACUAUCACCGUCUCAGGGAAAGUCCUUAUAGAUGACCUUGAAUGCUGGAAGAGCUCUGAUGUGCUUACUGGAGUGGAACUCCAUAUGUGAAUCCAUGAAUUAAAGAUCAGUGACAAGGUUUCUACAAGGAAAACGCAGUCCUUUUUAAACCCUCAAGGCUACACCAAAGGAGACCAUUAAGUUUCCAGAAAGAAUUUUCACUUGAAGACAAAGAACAACUUGCCAACAGCACUAAGGAUCUCGAUGCUCACCUUUUAGCAGGACUUCCGAAAGUUUCAGAAUUAAGAAAACUCUUUGAGCCAAGCCGGAAAGAAUUUUUGGAGAUGAAAAGGAAAGAGCGCAUUGCCAGACGCUUAGAAGGAAUUGAAAAUGACACGCAGCCCAUCCUUCUGCAGAAUUGCCCCGGGCUAGUAACCCACCGUUUACUGGAGGAAGAUACACCACGAUAUAUGCGAGCUACUGACCCAUACAGUCCCCACAUUGGCCGAGCUAAUGAAGAGGAGGAGACUUCAGAUUCUUCUUUAGAAAAGCAGCCUAAGUCCAGAUAUUGUACAGAAACACCCUGCAGUUCAGGGGCCAUGGAUACCCAGACACUCGAAUCCAAAGCUGAGAGAAUAGCCAGGUAUAAGGCAGAAAGAAGACGCCAGUUAGCAGAAAAGUACGGGCUGAACCUGGACUCUGAUGCCGACUCCGAAUAUGCCUCUCGAUACACUAAACCCAAGAAGGACCCAGAAACUGUAGAGAAAAGGGCAGGGAAAAGUGACAAGCAGGAGGAAGAAAGCAAAACUUUUCCGUCCCCAUACUCCAGGACAGAAACUGUGGAACCGAGGAGUACAGCCUCCGACAACAAGGACUAUGCCUUCCGGGAGCGGGAUGGUGUUCCCGAUACGGAAGCACUCCUGAACGUGGAAAACCAUAGACGAGCACCAGAGCAGAGUGCCAGUGGACGAGGGCUCGACGCGCCAGCCCCAGCCGAGGAUCCCUCGGCCUUCUCGUACUCCGAACGAGACUCUUCCUCCAGCGACGUGCCAAGGUCUCCCAAGCAAACCCAUAAGGUGUCCUUGUACUCACCAAAGCAGCCAGCUUCACCGAGUCAGCCAUCAGGCGACCAGCCUUUCCACAGUGAUGCCAGACUGGGUAGUUCAGGAAAACCCAAACAUGAAUGGUUUCUUCAGAGAGAUUCGGAAGGAGACACACCUUCACUUAUCAACUGGCCUUCCAGAGUAAAGGUUAGAGAGAAAUUGGUGAAAGAGGGGAGUUCCCAUCGCAGCCCUGAAUUUAUCUCAGACCCUGUAACUCAGAGAAGACCCCACCAGCCAGUGCCAGUCCAUCACGUGUCUCUUCAGUCAGAAACGUCCGCUUUUGAUAGGGUGACCAGCCAGGUGGGCAGUUCCGCCCGCCAGCCGAUCCAUGGCUACGUUCAGCGAGCCGGCCUUGCCCACUCUGCCACUCGGGUAGCCUCAGAUGACCUAGAAGAUGUCUCUGGGAGCAACAUUGUAGCUCCAGCUUCCGCCAGCUUCUCCACGCAGCACCCUGCACCUGACGCUCUAGAGGUCGAGACCAACCCCACUCCCGUCCUUCAGAUUUAUGAACCUCAACGAGAGGAAGAGCCCUUCUUAGGAGAAGCCCAUGGGAGGGGCGGAAAAGCCCUUUCGCCUUUGGAGACGCCUGGGCAGGCGAAGUGGAGGGAAGACCCCGGCGGAAGCAGCCAGUCUGAUGAGCCGGCCAUCAGCUCAGCUGUCGGGAGCCAGGAGAGGGCCCGCCGCUCAGAGCUUCAGAAUGACCCGGAGUGUCCGCCGCAGGUCUUUCCUCAGUACCGGCGACCUGAAAAGCUAGCACGGAGCGAGGCAGUCAUGUAUGUUCAGAGCGGAUCCGUGUCCAAGGCCGCUGGGUCGAGAGACCGGGCCCAGGAAGUGUCUGCGACGAAGCACCGAUUGCUAAACCGCUCGCUGUCUGACUACACUGGCUCCCCCAAGGUAGAGGAAAUCAAAAGUAAGGAAUCGGCCUCCUCCAAACACGUGCCGGAGUUUCAGAGUGCGGAAGGAGAUGGGUUGAACGGGGAGGUUGGCAUGGUAGACACCAGGGUCUCUGUUGCCCAGCUGCGAAAUGCCUUUCUGGAAUCCGCCAAUGCCAGCAAGAAAUCCGAAUUUCCAUCCCGGGUUGAAAGGUCAACCGCAAGGGCUAAGUUGCCUGCCAGUUCGGAACAGGCACAAGGGUCCCGGAAACCGAGACGCUACUUUUCUCCUGGUGAAAAUAGAAAAACUUCUGAGAGGUUUAGAACUCAACCUAUAACUUCAGCUGAACGAAAGGAAACGGAUAGGUUCACUACGAAUUCAGAAAUGCCAACUGCCGAAGAUGAAGAGAAAGUGGAUGAACGGGCCAAGCUGAGUGUUGCUGCCAAAAGGCUGCUUUUUAGGGAAAUGGAAAAAUCAUUUGAUGAGAAACCAGUUCCUAAAGGUCGCUCGAGGAAUGCGGCAGUGGAACGGCGGCUGCGGCGAAUGCAGGAUCGAUCCCACACCCAGCCCGUCACCACCGAAGAAGUGGUCAUUGCCGUGACUGAACCUAUCCCUGCUUCACAUACUGUGACCACCCACACUGUAAUGGCAAGAAUACCUAGUCCCACUGUAGUUAAGAGCACUUGGCAGCCAACCAGUUUGCAGGCUUCUGCGCACCAGAAGGCUUUAGCCAAGGAGCAGGCAAAGGAGGCCGGAGGCUCAGCUGAUGACCCAGGAGAGCCCGACUCCUCCAUGCUCAGCCUGGCCGAGAAGAUGGCCUUGUUUAACAAACUGGCCCAGCCCGUAUCCAAAGCCAUCUCUACCCGAAGCAGGGUGGACAUCAGACAGAGGAGGAUGAACUCUCGGUACCAAACUCAACCGGUCACCCUCGGAGAAGUGGAACAGGUGCAGAGCGGAAAACUUAUGCCUUUCUCACCUGUGGUGAACACAUCUGUGUCCACGGAAGCAUCCACUCUGUCCCCGAUGUAUGCGGGGGAUCUGCGAGCAAAGCAGAAUGCUCCUGAGGGAGCAAGUGCCUCUGACUUCAGGUUCCAUUCUUUGACAGAAAGCACAGGCUCUUCUUUGGUCCGAGGCCCUCUGAAACCCCGAGAUUGGCAGCCCUCCGGGCAGGAAAUUGAAAGCAAAAAAGCAUCCGGGGAUCCUGGGGAGACAGAGACCGUGAGAGGCUGGGCUCGGGAUGAUCGGGCUGGGAAAGAGUACAGGUCCUUGGAGGAAGAAGAAAGCCGAGAGCCCUACCUUGAGGCAGUGGGGGAGGGAGAUCUCCACAGAGGGUCCAAAUAUGUUUAUCCAAGGAAAGGUAGCAGGGAGUUCUCUCAUCCACCAGUCCCAUUUCACCCAGAAGAGCAGAAGGAAUUUCCCGUUUCCAGAAGCAUCGGCCUGGGAAAGCAGGACAUGAGAGAAGGUCAGACCUUGGAGGAGGAGAUGGACUUGGAGAUGAAAAGCAAGCUCCUGCCAAGAGAGCUUGCUGACGCUCCUCUUGAGCGCUUUGGCACUGCAGCCACAAAGACCGUUUCUCAAACUACAACCGGGGCAUCCUGUAGACAGCAGGAGGGUUUGGAACAAUUAGAGGAAAAACUCUGUAAAAACACUGGUGCACUAUUUUCAGCUGAGGAAAACAAACUACAAAUAACAGAGGACAUCCUCGAUGCGUCUAGCAAAACAAUGUCUAUUAAAGAAAGAUUGGCACUCCUAAAGAAGAGCGGGGAAGAAGACUGGAAAAACAGACUUAACAAAAAACAGGAGUAUGGCAAAGUGUCUCUCCCUGAACGAAGCUCACUGCUCCUAGAGACCGAGCAGUCAUACAAAAAGAAGGAAGAAGGAGGAAUAACAGAUGAUAAUGCCAUUGCUAAUCUGCUUUGGGAACCUGUCUAUGCUUCUACUUACUCUCCUGCUCUUCCUGCUCUACAUAAAUGCCAGUCUUUUGUACCCAUUAAUCAGAGGAUGGUUGAGGGUCGGGAGAACCAAAUGACAAUUGAAGAGAGGAAGCAUCUGAUCACUGUGAGAGAGGAAGCCUGGAAGACCAGGGGCAAAGGGGCAGCCAAUGAUUCCACCCAGUUCACCGUGGCAGGGCGAAUGGUCAAGAAAGGUCUGGCCUCACCCACCGCCAUCACACCAGUGGCCUCCCCUUUCAGCAGUAGAACGAAGGGCACCACACCCAUUUCCAAGCCCCUGGAAGAUAUUGAAGCCAGACCAGAUAUGCAGUUGGAGUCAGACCUGAAGCUGGACAAGCUGGAAACGUUUCUGGGAAGGUUGAAUAACAAAGUUGCAGGGAUGCAAGAAAGAGUGCUUACAGUCACUGGUAAAUCUGUGAAAGAAGUGAUGAAACCGGAUGAUGAUGAAACCUUUACAAAGUUUUACCGUAAUAUGGAUUACACGGUACCUCUAGGAGCAGUGGAACUGGAUGAGGACUUUGAUGCCAUAUUUGAUCCUUACUCUCCCAAGUUGACCUCUUCCGUAACUGAGCACAAGCGGGCCGUCCGACCCAUGCGCAGGGUCCCUUCUUCACGGAAUCCCUUAAAGAUGCUGGCUGCCAGAGAAGACAUUCUUCAGGAAUAUACUGAGCAGAGAUUGAAUGUGGCCUUCAUGGAAUCGAAACGAAUGAAGGUUGAAAAGAUGUCAGCCAACUCAAACUUCUCAGAAGUGGCCCUGGCAGGUUUAGCCAGCAAAGAAAAUUUCAGCAGUGUGAAUCUGCGGAGUGUAAAUCUGACCGAACAAAACUCCAACAACAGCUCUGUGCCGUACAAGAAACUGAUGCUGCUUCAGGUUAAAGGAAGAAGACAUGUACAGACAAGACUAGUUGAGCCAAGAGCCUCAUCGUUGAACAGUGGAGACUGCUUCCUUCUGUUAACUCCCCACUUCUGCUUUCUGUGGGUGGGAGAGUUUGCCAACGUCAUAGAAAAGGCUAAGGCAUCAGAGCUUGCAGCUCUAAUUCAGACCAAGAGGGAACUGGGCUGUAGAGCUACCUACAUUCAGACUAUAGAAGAAGGAAUAAACACACAUACCCACGCAGCAAAAGACUUCUGGAAGCUGCUAGGCGGUCAGACGAGCUCCCAGGCUGCUGGAAAUCCCGAGGAAGAUGAGAUGUAUGAAACGGCUAUAAUAGAAACCAACUGCAUCUAUCGCUUAAUAGAUGACAAACUUGUUCCUGAUGAUGACUACUGGGGGAAGAUGCCAAAAUGUAACCUCCUGCAGUCCAAAGAGGUUCUGGUGUUUGACUUUGGCAGCGAAGUGUAUGUCUGGCAUGGGAAGGAAGUCACGUUAGCACAAAGAAAAGUCGCAUUCCAACUGGCAAAGCACCUGUGGAAUGGAACCUUUGACUAUGCCAAUUGUGACAUAAAUCCUCUAGAUCCUGGAGAAUGCAACCCUUUGAUUCCCAGAAAAGGACAGGGCCGACCCGAUUGGGCGAUCUUUGGGAGAUUGACAGAGCACAACGAGACGAUCUUGUUCAAAGAAAAAUUCCUCGAUUGGACUGAAAUGAAGAAGCUGAAUGAAAAGAACUCAAGUGACCUCUCCCAGCAGAAGGAAGAAUCUAGGACUGACUUCAAGCCCUAUGAUGUGAUGCUUAUGGUGCCGGUGCCUCAGACAACAGUCAGCACGGUCUUGGACGGGGUCAACAUUGGCCGAGGCUACGGACUAAUCGAAGGGGGUGACAGGAGGCAGUUCGAGAUUGCCACCGCCUCCGUGGAUGUGUGGCAUAUCUUGGAAUUCGACUACAGCCGGCUCCCCAAACAGAGCAUCGGCCAGUUCCAUGAAGGCGACACGUAUGUGGUAAAGUGGAAGUACAUGGUGAGCACUGCAGUUGGGAGCAGGCAGAAGGGAGAGCACUCCAUUCGGGCGGCUGGCAAAGAGAAGUGCGUAUACUUCUUCUGGCAAGGGCGGCACUCCACGGUGAGUGAGAAGGGAACAUCGGCCCUGAUGACCGUGGAGCUGGAUGAAGAACGUGGGGCCCAGGUGCAGGUACUCCAAGGGAAGGAACCACCCUGCUUUCUGCAGUGCUUCCAGGGCGCUAUGGUGGUCCAUGCAGGGAGGCGAGAGGAAGAAGAAGAAAAUGCACAAAGUGACUGGAGAUUGUACUGUGUACGAGGAGAGGUCUCCAAUGAGGGAAAUUUGCUCGAAGUAGCAUGUCACUGCAGCAGCCUGAGGUCCAGGACUUCUAUGAUUGUUCUCAAUGUCAACAAGGCCCUGAUCUACUUGUGGCACGGCUGCAAAGCCCAGGCCCACACAAAGGAUGUAGGAAGAACAGCAGCAAAUAAAAUCAAGGAACAGUGUCCCCUGGAAGCAGGAUUGCACAGCAGCAGCAAGGUGACGAUUCACGAAUGUGAUGAAGGGUCAGAGCCGUUGGGAUUCUGGGACGCACUGGGCCGGAGAGACCGCAAGGCCUAUGACUGCAUGCUGCAGGAUCCUGGAAAGUUUAACUUCACACCCCGCCUGUUCAUCCUCAGUAGUUCGUCUGGCGAUUUCUCAGCCACCGAGUUCAUGUAUCCCGCCCGGGAUCCUUCGGUGGUCAAUUCUAUGCCCUUCUUGCAAGAGGACCUGUACAGUGCCCCCCAGCCAGCGCUUUUCCUGGUCGACAAUCAUCACGAGGUAUAUCUCUGGCAGGGCUGGUGGCCGAUUGAGAACAAGAUCACGGGCUCUGCACGGAUCCGCUGGGCCACAGACAGAAAGUGUGCUAUGGAGACGGUUCUUCAAUACUGCAAAGGAAAAAAUGUCAAGAAGCCCCCCAAGUCCUACUUGAUCCAUGCUGGUCUGGAGCCACUGACAUUCACCAACAUGUUUCCCAGCUGGGAGCACAGGGAAGACAUUGCCGAAAUCACGGAAAUGGACACUGAUGUCUCUAAUCAGAUUAUCCUUGUGGAAGACGUGUUAGCCAAGCUGUGCAAAACCAUCUAUCCCCUGGCUGACCUCCUGGCCAGGCCUCUGCCCGAAGGUGUUGACCCCCUGAAGCUUGAAAUCUAUCUGACAGAUGCAGAUUUUGAGGCCGCGCUGGACAUGACCCGGGAGGAGUUCAACUCUCUGCCACCCUGGAAGCAGGCCAACCUUAAGAAAGCCAAAGGGUUGUUCUAGGCGGCCCGGUUUGCGGCCCCGGACGCCUUCCCCGGGGAAUCCCUCCCACCACUCUCAAUUCCAUCUGACUGAGAACAAGGGAAUUCUUCAGGUCCGGAAUUACCGAAGUCAUCCAGUAUGGCUUGGCUGAGGUGUGGGCCGGCUGAGGUGCGGGCCAGCUGAGUGCACAAGGAAGAGAGCUCUGGGAACCCUCUCGCACCCCCGUUACCAUUGCCGCCAACCCGCUGCUAAAUGGUCGUGCGAAUGCUCCCAGUCCUCCCUAGCCUGGCCCCUUCUCAGCCCGGUCCCCUUCCCCGCCUGGCCCCAUCCAGUCUCCCGAGCCAUUCUCCUGUAAAGUGUUAUUUUGUUAGCUUGUGGAUUCCCGAGAAAUUUAUAUUUAUAUAAACACCUUACCUAGAUGAAGUAUGAAUUUAUCAAAGCAAUAUGUAUUCACUUUUCCAGACUGUUUUUGGUGUCAAAACAAUGAGAAAGUAGAUGGAAGCUGCUUCUCCUGAAUUAGCUCUCACCAGUAUGUAUCCUUCUAUGCGAUCUGAAACGUUUUGUCCAGCAAGAGGCAAUGAAUUCUGCGCACUGCUUCCAGUGCUAAAAUGAACAAAGCCUUUGCACUUCUGAGAAUCUAUGCGAAACAACCUUUUUACUUCAGUAUCCAAAAAUGUAUAGUGCCUUGUUUUUGUGUACAGUUUCUAUACAGAAAAGUUCGGUCUGGUUUUUGAAGGUGGUUUGGAGCAGGACCCUACAAUUUUACUUUAUAAUGGUAGAAAUAAAAACAUCUCAGUUUCUAAUCAUUCUUGUAAACAUUAAACAUGCCCUUUUUGUGAUAUCAGAACCCAAAGUAAAAGCUUCAGAAUAAA